UCGGACAACACACUUCACUAAACACGGAAGGCGGUGAGUUCAGGCAGCAGGACUGAGGAAGUUGUUUUAGCUAAACUCGGGGGGAAUUCGAAUUAUUUCAGUGACAACUUCUGCUGAACUGGACAGUUUUUUAACCGGUUAACUGGUCAGAUCUCCACGGUGUCGCAGUCCCAGGCUCUUCACCUCCUCUAAACAGACCAGUGAGAGCGACAGGGUUUUAAACCUACUGAGAGGGCAGGUUCACCAGAGUUGAAGUGUUAAGCUGUGUUAGCCUGGUUUAUGGUUCUACGUCAGAUCUACACUGCAGCUGUGCUGUAGGCUACGACUCCUUACCAAGGAGACAUGUCACGGCAGCUGGGAGACAGCCACCGGAGGUUUCUACAAACCGUGAUGGCCAAUGGCAUCAUUGAUGAGCAGAGGGCGCACACACUCUAUCAGCACUGCUGUGAAGUACACAACACACAAUAUUCCCAUGACAGACUCGACGAUUUUAUCGAUUCCAUCAACUCCAAGCUGCAGCCAAUGUUCAUGCAGAUUAGAAAAGGGAUGUCUGAAGACAAUGGUCAACAGUACUAUGCUUUGGUGAACAUGGCUGAAACUGAUGUCACCAGGAUGUCGUCAGACUUUGCUGAAAAUGAACUGGAGCUGUUCAGGAAAACGAUGGACUUGAUUGUGGGCUCUGAGAAUGGCAAGGCCUCCUCCACUGAUAUUCUGAACAGCACUGACACCAUGACCACCAAAAAACUAAAAAAGAGCGAGACGGAGCAUCUGUUGAAGCGGCUGGUGCAAGCCAAAUGGCUUAAUGAGAAACGAGGUGAAUACACCUUAUCCACCAGAUGCAUUGUAGAGAUGGAGCCAUAUAUUCGCGCAAUGUAUCAAGACCAGGUCAAAGUCUGCCACAUCUGUCACAACAUCGCUUUCCAGUGCCAAAUUUGUGAGAAUCCUUCAUGUGGUAUAAAAAUACACAACCAGUGUGUGGCCAGAUAUUUCAAAGGAAGAGUGGAGCCACGGUGUCCAGCUUGUGAUGACUUUUGGCCUCAUGAAAUCCCUGAAGUCAAACGGCCCCAUUCACAGUCCAGGAGAUGAAGAGUCCAGUAUCAGCUGUGCUCACUGUUCACUCAAAGUGUAUUUUAAUUGUUGUAUAUUUUUAAGCCGUUUUUUAUAAACCAAGUUGUUAAUAAAACAUUUUAUCGUCACUUUUUCAAAA